AUGGCGGCGGCACUCACGCGGCUGGGCCUCAAAACGUUCCACAGCGGCUUCCCGAACUUUGCGAAUCGAAGGCCAUGGUGCCAAUACCUGUUUGGCAACGGUCGAUUGGAGGAUGCACUUCCAACCCUUGCUGGCUAUGACGCUGCCAUGGAUGAGCCGUUUCAGCUAGUGUACGACGAGGUGAUGCAUGCUUUUCCCAGAGCGAAGUUCAUUCUGACUAUGGCAGACCCACAAACGUGGUACGACAGCUAUGAUGCCCUGAUUCAACAGCAGAGACGUCAGCUUGCUGAUCCUUUCCUGCAGUGGGUCUACAAUUUUACGUUACGCAUUACGGGAUGGCCCUCUGUGCUGGACCCUGAUCCGAACAGCUGGUUCUCAUAUUGCACAGAGGCCCGGUACUGGGGCUGUGACUUUGGCAACAGUAACGCGUCUGUGGACUCCAGGCAGAAGUGCAUGGAGUCGUACCAGCAGCACAAUGAGCGAGUAAUGCAAGCCAUUCCUGCAGAUCGACUUCUGGUGUACAACUUUUCCGACGGCUGGGCUCCAAUUGCGCAUUUUCUCGGGAAGCCUAUCCCAGACGUUCCGUUCCCAUAUGUGGACGAAAAGCCUGAUGUUCCCAAGGGGAACCCGCAGAGGUCUUCCACGCAAUGA